AACGCUCAUAUUUGUUUGGCACAGUUUUUACGCCGGAUGCCCUUCCUGACGCAACCCUCUGCAUUUAUCCGGGCUUGGGACCGGCCUACAGAUUGCACUGGUUUGUGCCCCCAUAGGGCUGCAUUUGUGCAUGCUUCAAGGAAUAGCGACACAAAAGUGCAAGUGGCCUCAUAACUAGCCCGCACUUAAGUGUUUCAUACGUCAUUAGGUAGAUAGGCAGUGAAAGAUGGCUUGUAGCAAUUGCUAGUAAACUACAAUAUCCUCCGACGCUGAAGUCGUUACACCCGCGGCCGGGACAGAUCACGUGACUUUUUCUUAAAGCGACAUCGACAAUAGUGUUGCCAGACUAUUUAGCCAUCCAUCUGCUUCAUGAGGUGUUGGGAGAAACCGGUCGGUGCUGUUUAGCAGACUGUCGGCUAUCGUCCCUCAAAUCAGUUUGACAUUGCCAAGUGUCAGUUUGCUGUCACCACGCCUUGGACUAAGGAAAUUCGAUCUCAGAACAUCCACAUAAAGCUAUGGGGGUAAUUUCUGGUAACUGACCUGCAGCCACCGGACCGAUCCACGGAUGACUGCCGGAGCUAACGGGUGGCCAGUAGCUGUGCUAACUGUUGUCAUUGUCGGGACAUCGACUCAGAGGCUGAUGGACGUUUCGCCUUUCACCCGAGUAGGCGUCAUCACUUCAGCCACGAAUAAGUGAAGUAGCAGUCAAACGCCACCUCCGCUGUCCAGUGGGUCCCUUGGCCGCCGACUGAUGUAGCCAUGCGGCACCACUGGUUGUUCCUUGGGGCUUGCGGCUGGGUGCUGCUCAUUCUCGUGUUUGUCACCAAGUUCAUCAGCCACAGAGCUGUCGAUGAAUAUGAUGACGAGAGGCUCGGUGGUCAGAGUUCGACUGUGUCGAGACAAACGGCGGCGAAGCUUCCACUGCCCUCAGCAGAAAGACUGUUUUCACAGCAACCGGAUCAGUGGCGGGUUCAGUCUCCAGCUGCCCCCACUGUGGCUGAAUGGGACUCCGUUGUCGAGAAGAGACUACAACUUCUCUCAGCCGUAUGCAACAACAACAGCUUCGGGAAUUUGACUCGCAUCCCAAUCAGCAAGUUUGUACUUGACCGCAUUUUUGUCUGUGACAAGCACAAGAUUUUAUUCUGUCAGACACCCAAAGUGGGUAACACGCAAUGGAAGAAGGUCCUCAUCACCCUCAACGGAGCCUUUAACGGGGUGGAGGAGAUCCCAGAGAACCUGGUCCACGACCAUGAGAAGAACGGCCUACCUCGGCUCUCAUCAUUAACGCCGCAGGAAAUUACACACAGGUUAAAGAGUUAUUUUAAGUUUUUCAUCGUGAGAGAACCAUUCGAGCGUCUGAUAUCUGCCUUCAGUGACAAGUUUAUAAAGAACCCCCGCUCUGAGCCUUGGUACCGGCAUGAUAUCGCUCCCGCCGUCAUCCGGAAAUACCGCAGAAGCCAUCGUGAUAGUGACCAUGAAGGGUCUGGCUUACACUUUGAGGAAUUUGUCCGUUACUUGGGGGACGUUGAGGGCCGCCGGCACCUGGAUCGACAGUUUGGCAGGCACAUCAUUCACUGGACGACGUAUGCAGAGUUGUGUGCGCCAUGUGACAUCCACUACGAUGUCAUAGGACACCACGAGACGUUGGAGCAAGAUGCUGCCUACAUCCUAAAGAGAGCAGGCAUCGAACACUUGGUGUCCUACCCGGCCAUCCCUCCUGGCAUCACACGUUAUAAUAAGACCAAGAUUGAGCAUUACUUCUCAGGAAUCACCAAACGGGAUAUCAGGCGCCUGUAUGUGCGCUACCAGGGGGACUUUCACUUAUUUGGAUACACAACACCCAACUUUCUACUUAACUGACAUGAACUAAAGUGGUCAUAUGGAAUCUGUUUCUAGUUUUUGAGCCUGAUUGUAUGACACAGUACAUCCAACAAGUGCAAGAACUAUUAACGCAAUACUCAAAUGCGAGAUAUUGUUGUAGUAGUUAUGACAAGCUAGUAUCAGUUCACUGGAUAGAUUGUAAGGUCUGAGCCAAUCAGAAUGAACUUUUUAUACAUUUUUGUACACUUUGAGAGGUUGUGGUUGCAUGGGAAUAAAGUGAAGGAACGAAUAACCUAAUUAAGUGUGGACAUGACUAGAUUUGCAACAUUGUCCCGUGCCACGAUGGCAUCAUUGUUCUGGCUGGUAGUCACAAUGACUGGCCAAGCAUCCUAGAAUGAUUACAAGUGUGUGCAGUGUAAAAAUUAAGAAUGGAAACGGUCCUGAAUACAGUGAGUAUUGCUGCCACCCUCUGGGCCAGGCUUCUGGAUGGUUUUGUUUUUCUCAGAACAAUAAACACAUAAAAC